AUGUAUUAUCAUAAUCAUAUUCAGCAGCAAUUUGCAUGUCUGCCUGCCCGUACGGUCACUGAGCGAACACCUUGUCGGCUUGCUUCUGAUUGUGGUCCCUCUGGCCUAGGAUUCCCAGUCGCAGCUAUUCGUGCCUCUCUUUUCGCACAAAUGUCGGCAUCUUCCGAUCGGGUUGCCCCCAUCCAUAAUCAGAUUGCCUUGCACCUUGCAGAAACGAACCGCGCUGCUCUACCUAAUCAACAAUCUUCGAUAUCACCGCCAGUGCCAAUACAAGAUUCUGACCAGGUGACUAAUCCGGUGGGAGCCCAUUCAAUUGAACCUCUUGCUGUUCUACAAAGAGAAGGAGGACCUGUAUCCUCGGAAAAAAACGAACGCAUUUUUCGACAAGAAUCACUGUCCGAAAAGCAGCCUCUUCAGACUUCCUUGUAUCCUCGACCUCGCCUUGUUGUCCCUGCCCCUGGCCCCGCACUUCCUCGAGGCAAUAAUGGAGGGGGCUCCACUAGCAGUGGAAUGGUCUGCGUACUGCCUAGUCCAACAGAUCAGACUACGCGGUUAGUCAGAUUGAUGCAUAGUCGGCCUAUGGCUCCUGCCAUACUCUUCUUAGGUCCUAUUGAUGACCUUGCAGCCUCGGUCGGUGUUUCUGACUACAUUCCACGGUGGCCUUCUAUCGUAUCCUCACAACUCCCUUCUAUACUCGCUCUUUUCUGCACGUGA